UCUGAACGCUCUGUCUGCUGUUGUCAUUGGAUAAUAAACACAGACACUCAUGAGCUCGGGUUAAUAUAUGUCCUGCUAUAUGAAAGUGUGCGUGCAGUUAAUGAAACGAGGAUGAGGAUAGUGAAAAUGUGUACUGAUUGUGAGCUCUUUUGAAUGGAGCAAUGACCAGUCAAGGGGAUGGCCAUGCAGAGACAUUGAAGCCCCCAUCUUCCUCAUCCUCUUGUCAGCCUGCAGUGGCCCCUAAGCUGCAGGUGCAGCGCUCACUCUCCCGAGAUACCAUUACCAUACACUUUUCCGCCAAGGGAAAUGAGGAGGAGGAGGAAGAAGAGCUCUACAGGCUGGCUGUUUCACCUUCUGUUCUUGAGUCUGAAGGUCAGAGUAUAAUCACUGGUCAGGAGGCCAGUGAGGAGUUCCUCUCUGAGGGUUUAGGGGUAGACAUAUUUGCAGAAGUGUCAUCCUCCAUAGCCCAAAGCUCUGCCUUGGCUAUCCAGCACUCCUCCAUUACCCUUGAUUGUUCAUCCAGUUUGAGUCCUGUUAGCUUCUCAUGGCCCUCAGAACAAAGGUUGACUAUGCCUGUGUCUUCUUCUCAUUCAUCCUCCUUCAGCUCAUCUCCAGCCAAGUUAUCUGCUCUACCAUCGAAGCCCUUCUUCAGCGUGGUCAAGUCCCUCUCCAUUGAUUUGGAAUCUCAUGAGGCUCCAGCUGUUUCACCCCAUUCAAUGCAGCACCGGCAUUUGAUGAAGACCCUGGUUAAAUCUUUAGCCACCGACACGACCCGCCCUCAGGCAAAGGCUUCAUCCACUAACUGGGCCCCAGAUUCCGGGCUCAAUUUACACCUUUUCAAACCUUUCACGCAACCUUGCAUUCCCCCUGGCUGUGGGGAUUCUAAAACUGCCCCCUCUUCCGCCAUUAAUUCUCCUGACAGCCGCUCAUUCUUUAAGGUUCAGGAGGUUGAGGCACGUAUUGAAGACACAAAGCGCUGCCUAUCGGAGGUCAUGUGUGAGCCACUUCAGCUCCUCAGCAAAAUCAUUCGUGAGGAACCUGAUAGUAUCAGCACAAACACUUUCACGUCAACAACAGCAGGAGUCUCCUACCAGUCCAGAAACCUUUCAUCCAGCGCUUCUGAACUCUCCAACCUAUCUGCCUUCAGCAGCCACUCAGAAAGUAGCAACAACUACUGCAUCAAGGAAGAAGAAGACUUAGAGUGUAACAGUCCUCUAGUGGGGACAGCUGUUGAGUUGCCUCUUCACAGAUCACCCUCGCUAGAUUUAGACAAGUGUUUCAUGUCGACCCUUUCCCGUCAGGAAGAUGAAGAGUUUUGUGAGCUCUACAAUGAAGACAUCGAGAUCUGCACUGACACAGAGCUGGAUGUAGAAGAGCCUCAUGCAUACCAGGUCCGACGAGGAAGUACAGGUGGAUGCAGUGAGGAACCAACUGAAGGAGGUGAGGAGGAAGAAGAAGAAGAUGAGUCUCCUGGAGUACCUCACAAUGGACUGAUCCUUCUCAUAUCUAUAGUCUAUGGUUACUUUGUGCUGCCACUUCCUAGCUACAUGGAUUGGGUGUUGAUGGGCAUGGCAACAGGCUUCAUGCUGGCGAUAAUGGUUGUGUGGUUGUCCGCAAGUCACAAAUCUCGGUGGAGUCGUCAUGCCAGCUGGAUCAGAAAAGAGCAGUGGAACAGAGUUCCUCUGGAUAUCAAAGAACCAUCCAUCUACAAGGGCUGGAUGAAUGAUAUCCACAGCUACGACCCAGAGACGUAUCACGCCACACACACUCACUCUGUGUAUGUGCGUCUGGAGGGCUCCAUCCUGCGACUGUCAAAACCAAAUCGCAAUAUUCCCCGCCGGGCAACUUUUAACGAGCCCAAACCUGAUGUCACCUAUGUUAGCCAGAAAAUCUAUGACCUCACUAACAGUAAGAUCUACCUGGUGCCUCACGGCUUGGCCAGGAAACGAGUGUGGAAUAAGAAGUAUCCUAUUUGCAUUGAGCUGGACGUGCAGGAUGACUUCAUGGCUAAAGUCCAGGAAGAUAAGACUGAGGGGACGGAGGAAAAGACCCCUGCAGUAGGAGACAAGAGUGAGGGGGUGGGCAAUGUCGUAGAAGUUAAGAGGGCACACACAGAACCUAUUCUCUACCUGUUUGGGAGGACAGGCAGGGACAAGGAGGAGUGGUUCCAUCGGAUGCUGUUUGCAUCCAAACUGAAAUCAGAAGCCAGAAAGCCCUUGGGCCUGCCUACAAGCUUGUCAGCAGGUUUGACUCACAGCCGCAGCAGUAGUCAAGGCAGUUUGGAUCAAGUGAUCCACUCUCAUCCCAGACCAAAGGACCUUGGUGCCAGUGUCAAACAAAAAGUUCUGGAAUACAACGUCUACAUGGCCAAAUAUGUUAGUCAUUCUACAGUAAGCCUUGUCACAAGCCCUGUUCAGAGUGCUGGGAGCAGCCCUGGAACGGUUAAGAAGUUUCCAGCCAGUCAUGGCCAGGAGUCCGAGUCAGAAGCCUGGGUCAAUGCUCUCUUGGGCCGCAUCUUUUGGGACUUUCUUGGAGAGAAAUACUGGGCAGACAUGGUGUCCAAAAAGAUUCAGAAGAAGCUGAGUAAGAUUAGGCUCCCGUACUUUAUGAAUGAGCUAACCCUCACCGAGUUGGACAUGGGCAUAUCUAUUCCCAAAAUCCUCAGAUCCUCCAAACCAUCAAUAGAUUACAGAGGCCUUUGGUUUGACUUGGAGAUCUUCUACAAUGGUUCCUUUCUUAUGACCCUUGAAACAAAGAUGAACCUGACUAGGCUUGGAAAGGAAGGAGAAGGUUUUGGAGAACAGGGAAAAGAAGGACCACGCACUGACUUCCUGGCCGAUAGUGAUGAGGAAUCAUCCAGUGCUGGAUCAUCUGAUGAAGAAGACGCUGCAGAAGUGCCUGAAAUUCCAGGAGUGGAAGGUUAUGUUGGGGGACACCGUCCCAGCAAACUCAUGCGCUUUGUGGACAAGAUCGCAAAGUCAAAGUAUUUUCAGAAAGCCACAGAGACCGAGUUUAUCAAAAAGAAGAUGGAGGAGGUGUCCAACACCCCACUGCUCCUCACUGUGGAGGUGCAGGAGUGCCGAGGGACUCUCGCUGUCAAUAUUCCGCCUCCUCCAACAGACAGGAUAUGGUAUGGCUUUAGAAGACCUCCUCACCUGGAACUAAAGGCUCGACCUAAACUGGGAGAGAGAGAGGUCACUUUCGCUCAUGUGACAGACUGGAUAGAGAAAAAACUAGAUCAGGAGUUUCAGAAAAUCUUUGUAAUGCCAAACAUGGAUGACAUCUGGCUGCCUAACAUGCACUCUGCCACGGACACACGAUCCAGUGCCAAGGACAAGGAAUCCUUGGUACCUGAGGAAUCCCUUGAAGACAUGUGAAGACAUUUUUAUAAAUCAAGUCCCAAAAGAACAAGACCAUACCUGAGCUUACAAUUACAUAUCGCUCAGUGAGCAGUGAAAAAUCCUACAAAUCGCAAGUGUUCAUGAGAUGUGAGCUACAGUAGUACAAUAAAGAGGCAGCACAAAACCUGGAAGGCCUAAUAUGUCAGUGUGAAGCAAUGUGCUACCUCUGUUUGAUGCAUACUGGCUUACCAAAAGUCCUAGUAUGAAAAUCAACUAAGCAUAAUGGCCUGAUCCAGAGACAUGACCUACAAACCCAGUAGACUUUUGGUAUGACAGAGUGCUCUCAGGGUACCGUAUCGGAUGACGUGCAUCCUUGUGAUGUACAGUUAGCUACAAUCACAGCUUAUGAGCCAGAAACCCCAAGCCAAAAGGGUGAAUUUCUAGGGUUUGCACCUGUGUACAAUUUCAUGAUAAUGAAUGUCAUGCUUACACACACUAGGUCUACUUGUACCAUCAUUAUCCUUCCUCUGUGUGGCCUUUGAUUAUGCAAUGAGAUCAAUUUCACUGUGCUUUAAGAAGGACAGCCAGUAGCCCCCCACCCAGCCCCCUGAAUAGUCCCCAUACAAGUAGCCUACUCAAGAUGAUAGGGUUCAAAGAGCUUUAAAUAUAAGACAUCUCUAGUGGUUAAUCACUGUCCCUCUGCAAUGGGCUGGAUCAAAAGCGGUGACUCACAACCUGAAAUACUGAAUGGUGAAUGGUGAAUGGGCCCAUGCUACAUUAAAUACGGGCUCACUAGGAACAGAGUGUUGUGCUUUGAGUUCAGGCUGUGAGAACAUGAUACAGUUGAAUUCUAGAUAUUCACCCCCUUCGUUUUUUCUUCAUACUGCUGCCGUAUGUUAAUUUAAUUCAGGUAACUUUUUCCACAUCAAUCUACGCUCCAUAUACUAUAAUGAUUAAGCAAAAAAUAUUUAAAAUUUGUUUUAAAAGAAAUAACUAAAAUAAUUACAUUGCAAAAGUAUUCAUACCCUUAACUCUUUGGUUAAAACACCUUUACAGCUGAAGUCUUUUUGGGUAUGAUGUGACAAGCUUUACACAUCUGUAUUUUCUGCCAUUCAUCUCCUAAGAUCAUCUUAAACUCUGCUAAAUUGGUGGGGGAACAUCAGUAGACAGACAUUUUAAGGUUUCUACAGCGAUGUUCAGUUGGGUUCAAGCCCAUUUUCUGGAGCCCUCAAGGAAAACAGAUGACAGACUUGUAUUUAAGCAACUUUUGCAUUGUUCUAGCUAUGUGCUUAAGAUCAUUGUCCUGUUGAAGAAGAAACCUUCUGCCCAGUCAGAGGUUCUGAAUUCUCUGGUCUAGGUUGUUCACGAGUUUGCCUAUCCAGAUAAUAAUGCAGUAAAAGGUAUACAUAUAUGGCGUGCUGUCAGGGGAGUGGGUUCAGAGCCCAGCAGUUUCUUCCAAACUUGGAGUACUCACCUUCAGUCUGGGAAGAGCACUCCCACCGUUGUCCUGCGGGAGAAAACGGCUCUUGGUGAGGAGCCGGUUACUGGAGGGAUGCUUGAAGACUGUUGGAAGAAUGCAGGUAAGACAGCUUUCCUGUCGCUCAGUGGAUAGAGCAUGGAGUUAGCAACGCCAAGGUCAUGAGUUUGAUCCCAGGGAUUGCAGAUACUCGGAAACAAAUGUGUAAUAUAAUGCAAUGUUAUUUGCUUUGGUUAAAAGCGUCUGCCAAAUGCAUGUAUGUAAAUGUCUAUUUGUAGUGGUUCCUAUCUUGAGCUAUUAUCCUGACGUUGCUGAAAGCGAACCUCCCAAACUUUGUUGAUUAAACAUCAUUAAUUAAGGGAAUCUCUGCAUUUUAUGCCUUUGAGCCUUUCUUCUAUCCUGAGAAGUUCCCCUGUCCCUGCUGCUGAUAAACACAUAAAAAGCCUGAUGCUUUUAAAACCACACUUUAUUGUGUAGGAAAUUGUUGUGCAGGCGAUGAGCAGCGCUCGUUUCCUGAAGGCUUGAUGUUUGAAACUAAGAUUCAUCAGACCAAAGAAUAUUGUUUCUGACAUUUUGAAAGAUUCUUUUAAUUGUUUUUUGUUUUUUCAAAAACAAACAAGGUUGUGGGUUCGAUCCCAGGGGAUUGCACAUACUUAGAAACAAAUGUAUAGGAUAAUGCAAUGUAAGUCGCUUUGGAUAAAAGCGUCUGCCAAAUGCAUAAAUGUAAAUGUAAAACGUUUUCAUGUGUCUCACUGAGGAGAGGCUCGAGUUUGGCCACUCUGUCAUAAAGCUCUUUUUGCUCUGAAAUGUUUCUGAUAUGGUUCCUUGCCACCAGCUUACUCACUGGGAGACUGCUGCUUUUACGUAAUUCAUAGAUAUAAACGAUUUACAUUUAACAAUGUAGGUGUGCAUUAACAUACCUUAACUUUAUCAAAUACAUCCUUUCUCCACGUUUUGGUAUUAUACCAAAUUGUUCUGGUAUAUUGUAAUUUUAGGUUUCCAGUCCUGAUAAUAAUAUUUAAAAUAAAAAUAUACCUAAUUAAAUAAUAUAUUUCAGUUAAGUUUCGUCAGUGUACAUUGCAUAAAGGAAAAACUUGCAUUAAUAUAAUGUAUCUUAAACCCAUAAUGGGUCUCAUUCCCCAAUACGCGUACGCACAUGAAUUUGUAUUCUAAAUGAGCUGCCGCGUGCACAAGUUUAGUAAUUUGCAUAAAACACCAUCUUCAUAUUAGAGCUUUCCACCUAUCCUUUUCUUGAUCACCUGUCAGCACUUAAGUCAAAGGCUGUGUCCAAAAGCUUAGGUAGCUGACUUGUUGCCUAACUGCCUCAUGAGGCAAGGACUUCGGGGGCAGUGAUGAGCAAGAAGGCAGCUCCGAGAAGCAUAUUCGGACAGCCUUCAGAGGCAGCGUAACAGAAUUCUGUUUGAAGUGUAAAAAAGCGCACCUUUAACUAAUCGAAUAUGUUAAAACUACAAUACUAAUUUCUCGCUAGAAAAAACAGAAAGAACAGAAAAAUAACUUUAUUUACACAAAAACUGUGCUCUAGCCGCUUUUUUGGCCGCCAUAUUAUUUUUUAGAAAUCACUAGAGCAUACACAUAAAAUGGUGGGACAGUGAAUGAUAAAGCGUAGGAUAUAUUCAUACUGAUUUUAAAAACCGACCUGAUGGAGGUAUCUCAAGAGACAGAAAGUUAAGAAAACAUUGGAUUUAGUAGUGCCUUGAUGCUGUCCUUCCUUGAAAAGCUGCCUCCUUUUUUAUAUAUCUUGUAUACAAAUGACUGUGUAAGAAAUUAUAAAAGUAUUUUUUUGGUCAAGUGGUUGAAGAUUUUACAAAGUGGUGUGAUGAUGCUUAAUUGCAACAAAAUGUAUCGGAGACAAAAGACAUGUCUAUUGACUUUAGAGCAGCAACACACUCUUACCAGACUACCCUCACUAGAGAUGAGAAUGUGUGGAAAAAUAUCAAAUAUCUGGGGACCAUAAUUGAUAAUAAAAUGUUUGGACGUGAACACAGAGAUUCCAUGUAAAAGGGGACAACAACGCCUAUAUUGCUUAAUUAAAUUAAGAUCAUUUAAUAUAGAUAGGACAUUGAUGGAAUUGUGUCAUGAUUCCGCUAUCAUGUCAUGUUUAUUCUUAUUCUUGCAGCGGAGUCAUGACUAAGUCUAGGGUUUUGUGUGAGAAGGACAUGGCAUGGCUUAGAUUUUGGCUGUCAUGCGCCUUCUCGUGUCUCGUCUAUGGCCCCGCCCCUCUCGUCUCCUCGUUAGCUUCCCUUGAGUGUUUUAUUACCCACACCUGCCUAUUGUAAUUAUCCUUUAUUCGUCUCCCUAUUUAAUCCCCUUGUAUUCUCUGUCCUGUGCUCGUUUGUUCUUGUACAUAGUUGUAACUUUGCUCGUCUGAACUGCUGUACCCAGGAUUUAUUCCAUACGCUGUGUCCCAGCGUUUCUGCUCCAGCACUCUGUUCCUGAGAGUUUUUUGUUACAGUUUGUUACCCUACGUGAGUUUUUCGUUCCUGUUUUGGCUGUCUUUGUUAAUCCCCUGUAUUUUACCCCAUUGUGGGUUUUUGUUUUGUGUUUUAUAAAGAUAUUUUGUUACCCCGUACCGCUGCCUGCAUUUGGGUUCUUCUCUAUCACCACACGUUUCGUGACAAAUUGUUUUUUAGGUAAUAUAUUGAGCCAGUAGUGUCCUUUUCUAUUAGCUGUUGGAUUUUUAAUCUCUGUGUGAAACAUAAAAAUGAUUUACAUAGGAAAAUUAUAGGCAAAGAAUUCUAAUCCUUCUUUAACGGAAUGUUUUGAGUAGGUCACAUUCCGUUAUUCUGGACAUUGAGCGUUUUCUGUAUUCAGAGUUCUUUAUGCUCCCUUCAGGCUCAUAUUAUACACUGUAAUCGAUACAAAUACUUAAUCCGGUUGAUAAAUGGUGGAAAUUUUCAGUGUUUUUUUUUUAUUUUAUCCAUAUAGGUUUUGUAUUCUGUGUUAUGGGAAUGCAUUCUGUGAGUCUGUUUAAUUUUCUGCUUUCCGUUGCAUCCAAAUUGCAUGCAAGGGAUCUUAAUAAAGCUUGAACUUGAAUACUCAUUCACUUGAAUUUGCCACAUCAACAAGCGGAAUGCUUCUGUGCUAAAUUACAAGUGUCCCAGCAAAGGGACCGAGGGCGAUACUUAUGCAAUGUAAUUAUUUCAGUUGUCACAAUUUUGUUUUUUGCUUUGUCCAUAGGGUGUAUGGAGUAUAUAUUAAUGUAAAAACAUAUAAUGUAUAGUAGUUUAGCAAAAGGCAUAAACAACAAAAUAUGGAAAAAAUUUAGUGGGUGAAUACUUUUUAUAGGCACUGUAAAUUCCCUAUUCAACCUGAAAUUGGACUUGUCGUACAAAUGCAAAACCUGCCGGGAACCACUGCUCUGGAUGUUAUAUUACUUUUGAGAUUAGGGCUGUCACAAUUACUAAAUGAUCGUCUCAUCACAAUUAAUUGAAGCCAUCACAAUUAUUUCAGAUACCCGGAAUUAUUGUGAAUCCUUUAAAAACAAGGGUGAUCUGCAGUUUUUCUGCAUUUUACAUCCACCGUCAUUGAUCUGCACUCACUGACAUUUCUCCAUAAUUUCUUGUAUUUUUUUUUUUGGUUGAUUUGUUUUGUUUCCGGACUUCCUGCAUCUACACAGCAGACCCUCAUAUCUAGUCUAAGUGCUCAAGAUUCAAGUCUUCUCUGUUAAGGUCACUCUUCAGUAAAUACUAAUUAUAAAAAAAUUACAUUCCUAAAGUUUAUAUUUUCCUCAUUGAAUAAAUUAAUUGUCAUUAAUAGUUAUAUUGUCAAAGCUUUAAAACACAAUUAAUUGCCAUAUUCACAAUUAUUUAAUCACAAUUUAAUUCACAAUUAAUCAUCAGCCAAAUCUCAUAAUCGUGACAGCCCUAAUUCAGAUCAAGUGCUAUUUUAUUCUUUCUCCAACUACAGUGAACUCAUGUUAUGAAUAUGUGAUGCUUGUUGAAUGUACACAUCAUUGCUUAUCAGCUUUUUCCAUUUAUCCUUUUAUCAAGUCUUAACAUCUGUAUUAAACUAUCAGGUUAAAUUCUUCUUACUACACUUGCAGGGCUUGAGUUGCACUAAAUCUUUUUUUCCUUGUUUGGCAAUUACUAGCCAUUUAACAUACAAAUCAGUUUUACCUUUUAUCUGCAAGGAUAUAUACCAAUAUUGACAAAGAUUGAUUAAAAAAAUCGAAGCCCAUAUGUAUAUGUUAUGAGGUCUGUAUCUUAGCUGGUGUAAAGGUAUCUGCAUAAAUGAAUUGCAAACUUAUAUCAAUAUGCUUUAAUUGCAAUCAGUUUACACUAGAAUGUUGAUCAUGUGCAAUCUUCAGUUGCUAUUUUGAUAACACUUAGCAAAAAUAUUGCAUUCAACUAUAUUGUGACAACAUGAUUGUGUGUGGUAAUUAACAAGGCUAGCAAAUGAAUUAGCCUAGAAAAGUCCUUUUAAAACAGUUGAACUGCAUGAAUGAAUACAAUUGUAGGUUGCUUUUAAAAGAGGAACUUGGGAGCAAUUCCAAGAGGCUCCAGUUAUAGAUCAGACUUUGCUUUAGCACUGUUGCUUGGCCCAUUGAGCCAUGACACCUAGAGAUGCGCGGAUAAUCUAAAAUGUCAACCGCAUCCGCUGCUUCAAAUAAAUUAUCCACCCGCCCUGACGUUUAAUUUUCUGUGAUAUAGAUAUUCGCACGCGACCCGAACCCGAAUAAUUACUCAGUAAAUUUUAUAGCACUGUCUUUGUCUGUAAAUGCUUAAAUCUAAUCUUUCGAUUUAGCACAUACAUGAUGUACCAUAUAAGAAGCAGUCUUAUGGCUUUCAUACAGUGCCUAACAGCCGUUGCAUAUUACAUACCAAGCACUUGAUUCAUCCUUGUUAACCACUUCGCUAAAAGGCUCCCACACGGUAGGCUACUUUUCUUUCCCACCUUUUGUUUUGUUUUUAUUUCUCCAUUUUUAAAUUUCUCUCGGAUCUGUUUUGCCCCCAUAUCUGCUUUAAGAAAUAGGCCGUCCUCUGUCGCCACCACGCGCGCAUUUCUUUUAAAUUACUGCAAAUUAGCGCCUGCUUUAAGAUGCAUUUAAAACAAAUUCGUAUUUUUUGAGAAAUUUUGUUAAUAUUGUAUAUGGUAUCAUCCACCCGCAAUUAAUCAAAAUUUUGUUUUUUUAUUACCCGACACACCCGUCCCGCGGAUCAUCCGCAGCGCCCGCGGAUUUAACCGCCAUCCGCGCAUCACUAUUACACACUGACUUUCUGUCAUGGUCUAUGGACCGCCUGAAGUUGCCUUGGCCACCCCCAGGACAUCCCAUGUGAAACACUCUAGCUCCGCCACUGUUUACAAGCCCUGCCCAUCACCUACUUUACGGCAUUCGUAACGUUUUACUCGUAGCCUGGGUGAAGUUAGCCAACCGCUAACAAUAACAAGACGAACAAUCCAGUUCAACGCAAGUCUCCAGACCAUCACUAUGGCAGAACCAGCAAAAAAAGAGAAAGAGAGAGAGAGUGAUCGGACACGAGCCUUAACACGAAUCAGUAUCUGAUGGACUUACACUCGGUGGCGCGAGCUCCAAGAGGCAAUGGAUUGCAAAACGGAUGGAGACCUAGCCUUCCUUCUACUGCUCUUAUAUCCCUUCUAUACAAAUCUUAUAUGUACAUUUUUUCUUACUGUCCUGUACUUUUGAGCUUAUUAGUUAUGAUUAUGCUGUGCUCAGGAUGUUUAUUUGGGCACUUACGUUACUGGUUCACACAUCGUAACCGCAUGGUGGACUAGAGAUAAUGUAAUGUUCCCGGGUUAUCAAUUGCUUACGUGGCAUGAUGGUGCCUCGUCAUGAAUUUACUGUUAUGGUUGGUAAUGUAUGAUCUGUCAGUCUUGUUUGACAGUUUAUAUUCUACAACUUUUGUUGUUGUAGGCCUAUCCCUGCAAUAAAAUGAGUUUUCAUUCUGCUGGCAUGACACCCUGCUGUUCUCACAUCACAGUUUGAAAACCUGACGGUUGUGUUUUUAAAUUUGAGAGAGAUAAUGGUUAUGUGAUGUUUCAUCUAAGAGUAAGUUGAUUCCAGGUUUAAGAUUUUUAUCUGAUAAAUGAUUAAAUUUUUUGGGUCACCAUUUUAUCAUUGUAGCAUAAACCAGUGGUUCCCAACCUGGGGUCCGCGACCCCCUUAGAGGGACGCCAGAGUUCACAUGAGGGGCACGGGAGCUGCAUAAAAUGUUCCACUAACAUUUUAUAUAGAAUAUUUUAUGUUUUAAAAAAAAGAAUGUGCUUACAAUGACAAGAUAUCCUCGGUGAGAGAUACGGGCGCAGCUGACACUUAUUAUCGCUCACAUCGUUCGCAUGGCUCUCGUCCCGCCUUGCUCGUUACAAACGUUAAUGCAGUUGAUUCUUCAGAAUGUGACAGAAAAUCUUUCAUGUUUGUGUUAGUGACUCUUUUUGAUAUUUUUGGCAUAAAAAAGGAACAUGUACUACAUCUGGUUUAGGGUUAAACUUUUAAAACCAGGAAUAACAAAAAAAAACCUAGUCAAUAUCUUCAUCUUCAAUUGUCAUAGUUUUACAAUGUUUUAUUUAAUAAAUGUUAAGUUUCAGAUGAUAUCUUAAGAUCUUCAAGAAGGAUGGUGCCAUGUCCUAUAGUUCUAACCAUGGGUUAAAAAACAAUUGUUUAGCGCUCCUUUCAAAAUUCAAGAUCUUUACUGUAUUCUUUAAAAAAUGUAGAAUUGUCCAAUAACUUCUUGGCAUCCUGUUGAGUUAAGACUGAGUCACAACAGUGUAUAGAAGCUAUUCUGUUAAUAGAGUUGUAGUUAAUGAUGUGUUUAUGGUAAUAGGUCCAAUAAUGUUUGGGGGACUCAAACACCCCUGCAUCCACUUUUCAAAGCUUAACUCAUGAGACUGCAUCAGACUGAGACUAUAGGAGUUUCGUUUCAUUUCACCCAUCUUCAUCACCAUUAUUUCAUGUUGUACAUCUGAUAGCAAAGAAGUCGGAACAGAUAGUGUUUCCAUUUCACAUUAUUUUGAGGGCAUUUAUUUGUAAGUGUUAAAUAAAUGAUUAAAUGUUUUUUUAACGGUACUCUUCAGUUCUAAACUUUACACAAACAAAGUAUAAGUUGAAACCCCUGGGCAUGUUUUAUAUAACUGUCAUCCUUUUCUUGUGUUGCUUGCUUUUCACUGAAUAUAAUUCCCUUUCUGACACAAACCAACUGAACAUAUUAAAAAUAAUAUAAAGAGAAUGCUGGCCAGUUUUUUAAAUACCACUGUAUUUUCCUGUGUUUGGAAAAUGCUUUUCCAGACAGAUCUGACAGUUUGUGUGCUGGAUUGUGCAUUAAACAUGACAUCCAAAACAUCCAAAACGUUCUUCAUCUUAAUGUCUCUAUUUUAUUACACAUCUUGUAUUUUAGAAAUUGAGUAUGUUUGUUUUAUUUUAUAAAUCGGCACCAAUAUUUGGCACAAAAUAUGCAUGCAGUCCUUAUGAUCUAAAUAUGAGAUUGCUAU